UACCCAAAUCCCCUGGGCAGAGGCAGCGCACGAACAGAUUUUUCCCCAUGGGCGGCGGCGGCGGCGGCGACCCAGAUCCCUUUUGCAAGCUAGACGAGUAGUCCCCCCUCCAGAUCUCCCGAUGGCUCCUUGCCGUUCGUCACCUCCUCUUCCUCUCUCUCUCUCUCUCUAAGGCUCCAGUAAUAGAUCGCAUCCAGCUCCCCCACGCCGGCGGCAAGUCGGUUGUGGUCUCCUCAGCUCCUUCCCGAUCGGCAGUGCGAGGAGGUGCUUCAUUUUUGUAGAUCCAGUAAUGGAGGGGAGUAGCGCGAUGUCGCCUUUAGGAGAGCCUGUCGGUGCAAAGAUCGCAGCAUGUGCACUAGCACUAUCAGCUGUGGAAUCGGUCAACAGCGUUCAAAAUCAAGAUUUCAGUGAUGCUACCUCAGAUCAAUUCCCCCAUGCUUCUCAUUGAUGAAUUCAGUACUCCAAAAAAGAAACAAUCAUUUUCUCAAGAGGGUUCUUUGUAUAAGCCACAGUGUGAUGAGGAAUUGAAGCCAAAAGUAGGGAUGAUAUUUGAUGACAUUGGCUCGGUGAUGGAAUUUUACAAAACAUAUGCACACAAUGUCGGCUUUGGUGUACGUCUUGGGCAGCAAAAAGUCAUGGAUAAUGUGCUUCAGUGGAAGCGCUUCUUGUGUGCAAAAGAAGGCUUUCGGACCGAGAAAGGUAUGAUUGCUAUUGACCCUGCUAAGAAAAGGAGAAAGGUGAAAUUGACAAGAUGUGGAUGUGAAGCUUAUAUCUAUGUCACUCGUGAAAGUGAUGGAAAAUAUAGGAUUGCCUCACUCACUGGAUAUCACAAUCACCCUUUUGUGCCUCCUAGCCAACAACAUUUGAUUAGAUCUAAUCGUCAAGUUAGUGAGAGGGUGAAGACAACACUUUAUGACUGCCAGAGAGCUAGCAUCGGCACCGCUUUAGCAUAUAGGUUCCUUCAUGUUGAUGCAGGUGGUUUUGAGCAUGUUGGGUGCACAAAGAAGGACCUACAGAAUCACUAUGGUGUGCUGAAAAACAAAAUUAAAAAUUGUGAUGCUCAAAUGCUAGUGGACCAAUUUGGUAGAUUGAAGGCCUUGAAUCCUGCUUUUUUCUAUGAGUACGAAGUUGACGAUGUUGGUACAUUGGUCCGUUUGUUUUGGGCAGAUGCAUCUAGUAGGAAAAAUUAUGGUCAUUUCAAUGAUGUGGUAUCUUUUGAUUCGACUUACAGCAGUAACCAAUAUGAAUACAUCUUUGCACCCUUCACUGGAGUUAACCAUCAUAUGCAAAGUGUAUUUUUUGGAGCGGGGUUUCUACUACAUGAGACAACAGACUCGUAUGCUUGGUUGUUCACGGCGUUUCUUAGAGCAAUGGGUGGGAUUGCACCCAGGCUCAUAAUAACUGAUGAGUGUCUUAGGAUGAAGAAUGCUAUUGGUAAAAUUCUACUAAACACUGCACAUCGAUUGUGUAUGUGGCACAUUAUGGAGAAGGUUCCUGGAAAGGUACGUCCUGAAUUGAAGAAUGAUCUUGCAUUCUAUGAUAGGCUGAAACAUUGUGUGUGGAAUUCUGAAACACCAGCCGAGUUUGAGGAUAGAUGGAAGUCUUUCAUCACAGAGUUUAAGUUGGAGGACCAUGAGUGGUUUGCUAAAAAGUACAUGCUUCGUGCGACAUGGAUACCAGCUUAUUUCAUGAACAUUCCACUAGCUGGUCUUCUUAGGACAACUUCGAUUUCAGAGAGUGCAAACUCAUUUUUUAAGCGCUUCAUCUGUCGCAAGCUCACAUUUGUUGAAUUUUGGCUAAGGUUUGACACUGCUUUGAAAUGUCAAAGGCAGAAUGAGUUGAUUGUCGAUAACACAAGCCAAUACACAACAACCGAAUUGUUAACAUCAUGGGAUAUAGAGAGACAAGCUAGGGCCUUAUUCACACAUGAGAUCUUUGAAUUGUUCCAGGCUCAGGUGCUUGCUGCGAGAGAUGAAUGUGAUGUUCAGGAGACGGCAAAUGGCGAGGGGAUUAAAAUCAUCUCUGUUAGCGAUCAAUAUAAGAAGAUUAGAGAAGUUUGUUAUGACACAACAACCAUGACUGCUAAAUGUUCUUGUAAGCUUUUUGAGUCAACAGGAAUUAUAUGCCGUCAUAUUAUCCGAGUAUUGAGGGGUGCCAAGAUAAAUGAAUACCAAGCUCAUGUGUUCUUAAGCGGUGGCAGAAAAAUUGCAAAAGGGACAUUGUAUUGGAUGGGGAAGGAAACGUGCUUGAAGAGAAUUUCAUUGACCAAGUAGACAUGGCUGUGAAAAGGAAGAUAGCUGCUGUCAGGAACAAGCUAGAAGAUCUUAUACAGAAUGCUAAAGGCUCCAUGGAAGGAAUUGAAUUGCUCCACACUAGUUUGUGCAAUGUUGAGUUGAGUUUAGCCCAGCUCGUACCGGACGUAGCAUGUAGCACACAAGAAAAUCAGGAGUCGUUUAUUGGGAGCGCCAUUCCAAAACAUGUUACCAUCCUCACACCUACUGAUGUCAAUGGAAGGGGCACAUGCUCUAGAAUAAAGGGACACAGGGAUGGUGUGAAGAGUGGAUCUGGUGAGAAGAGCAGAAGGCCUGGAAUCCAUCAAAAAGUCGCGCGCAAAUGCAGCAUUUGUAAGGAACUGGUGUUCCAUGAUGCAAGAACAUGCUCCAAGAAACAAAUGGAACAACAGUAGAGCUAGGUAGAUUGAACUGAUAAAUGUAUAAGAGUCCAUGGAGGUUGUCAUCUCUCACAGCAGAUGAAGCUCGAUUACUAGGAAGCACUAAAACAGGAGGCAAAAUGAUAGAUCUUUCUCUCAUGUACUAUCAAGAUGCAUGUUGAGCAGUGAUAAUUUCAGUCCUUAACAUUUCGUCCUGCCGGCCAUGUACUAAAAAUGAUCUAUGUAUGCCUCUUGUGUUAUGUUCCCAUGUACUCAAAUACUAAUUUCGGUCCUUAAGUUGCUCAUGCAUUCGGAUACUUCCCAGUUUGACAUGUAAUAUGUACUUCUGCUUGAUCUGGGAUGGCUUAAUGUGCUGAA